GAAUGAAGCAAGCUACGCAAUGGCCUUAGACCACGGGGCUUCAGACGAAUCGUUGUGAUGAAUAAUAUUUAAUGCUUAUGCUGAUCAAUUAUUACUCCAAUCGCUGUGGUGCGCGAGGCCUUUUUUUAUCGGAGUUGCAGUCGUUGAUAUGGAUAAAGUGCAAGACAGUCUGCAAGUAGAGAAAGGGUGCUUUGAUUCUGAUUAUGUAUAGAUGGACUUAUACAUAGACAUAACGUGUAUGUGGACGUGCUUGUGCCUGCCUCAAAGAAAUAGUCAAGUUGUGUACAUCGAACAUCGCAUGACCUUGUCCGGAAGAUGUUGCCAGCCAAGAAUGAGUGAGUUCUUCAAGGGAAUCUCAAGCCUCUAGUAGGGUGUGCAGUUCUAUUAGUACGUGUACGUAAGUACUUUGUUUCAGGUACUAGUUGUAGACCUAUCGCAGUCAUAGAAGUGUAGACUUUCUAGUUCCAUGCGAUGCCAUCCGCUAUGCCUUCGUCCUCAUCAUACCAGUUCGGUGCAAGCGAGCCUUCGGCGCCUUUCGUGCGUCGGCAGGUCUCUCAGCAGCCUGCAAAGGUAGUCGCUGGCGGCGCUGUGAACGGUGUCAGUCGCCAGGCAUCAAUGGUGCCACCAAUCAUCGGGGGAACCUACCAGUACGCCCCUUCAGGCCAACCCCCACCAGUGAUGCGGCAAUUCUCUAUUUAAGACAUAAUAUCACUAGUUUGAGUACUAGUUCUAUGUAUAAGUAUGAGAGACAAAAAAUACAUUGGCGCUUGAAGAAAGUUCAUCGUGCUCAAAUUUUGAGUUCUUCGAAAGUGAAGCUCGGUACUUAUUUCUCCUUUGAUCAUACCCAUCAGAGUCGUCUUUUCUAAGUUCUGCAGACGAUGAGCAGCACAGCGUCAUCAGCAGGUUUACCGAAUCAUGGCCAGAUGCUGAGACACCAAUCGCCUGUUCAGUUGUUGCAGCCACGAAUAGGAUUGGGAUUCGACCUGAACAGCUUGCGCCGGACUGCGCCAAUUGAGCGGUCGCAACACUCUACGUCCAGUCGUGGCACAACUCCAGUGGUACUUAUACAUAACCCAGUACUACUGUUUUUAGUAAAGUUUACUCCUCGUCUAACAACUCUAUCUCUAUGUCUUCCCCCAUGCGCAAAGGUAGUCGUUCCUUGUUGGUGGAAACAGCUUUAGCGGUUCUCCUUGUACUUGAGCAAUCCACCCAUUCGACGAUGAUUGAAUAAUGUGUUGUUUUAAACAUUCGUUUACAUACCAUAUCGAUAUUCGUCGAUUAUGAUUGCUCUUCAUUAAUAGCACCACUCACUGACGAAGACGACGUCGAAAUCACUAUUUUACUACAGAGUUCAGUUGGAAUCCACGCAAGCGCGUCGACGCCAGGUUGGGUCCGUGCGCACGCAGCUCCUUCUCGUGCCGGCCCCGGCUCAUCGUAUCACGAAUCGCAGCUGAAUCAGUCUUCCGCCCUUGAGAACACGGGAUCGACGGUGCUAAGUGGCAGUGGCGUCGCGUCUCGCAGUGCGCGUGGUGUAGCCAGAGCAUCCUCUCAACAAGUAGGAACUACCACGCAUCUUCAUCUUCAGAGUCGAGGGAGCCAGCAAGGAGGACAUCAGCAGUCAUCCUCUACCUCCAGUAGUUACAGUCGCGCGGCGGCAGGUCCCAGCGGAGGACUCACACCAUCGGGAGUGGUGCAACAUGAGCCUGCGAGCCAGGAAGCUUUGAUCCGUCUGCCCACGUCAGCAGCGGGAAUGAGCGCCCGGAUCGGGAGUCUUUUGGGCUCGCGGACUGCCGUUGGGGUGCAGCCAGCGACCAUCCCGCGGUCCAGCACCACCGCCUCGUCGUCGGCUGCGAGGACGCCGGUUGGCGGGGCCGCGUCAAACGUAGAGGGCUUCGGCGGAUCGGUAUCCUCGUCUAAGGCAACCACGGUGCUCAGCGGCGUUCAUUCAUCAGGAGGUGUAGUACAGUCUUCUCACUUUCAGAUGAGAGGCAGCGACCAUGGAUCAGCACAGCAAGUGGUCGGAGGAGGUACAACUAGAGACCUAGUAAUAUCAAAUAGGAUAUCUGGUACUAUCGGUACUUCUUCUAGUACUGGGGCUGGUGACCACGUGGCAGUUGGAGCGUCAGGUGUGCUUCCCAGUACAACAUCGACUAUUGUUGGACCAACAUCAAGUUCUACAGCGAGAGCGACAUCAAGCAGCGCUAGGGGGCGCUUUGAUCCUCCACUUAGAGGAACGACACCGACAAGGGGUCAGCGAACCGUUUUGCAACCACAGCAGAUAUCGUCUGGGAGCACGUCGCAUCAACCGACCGGUCAGUCUACCAUGUCAUCGGUGCGCAGUGCAAAGUCCAAUGUCGUGGUGGGCUUAACGGGUUCUGCCGCGCACACGCCCACGCAGAUGGAACAAGCAUACUUUGAUAAUCGGACGAUUUCGGAUGUGGAGCGCCUUGACGCUCGGCAAAUCGCUUUUGCAGUGUCGCGGAGUGAGAACGUGACAAAGGACUUUCAUCACGAAGCACCAGCAUCCGCGACACUGAUCGACCGAAGCGGAGGACAGAUGAUAAACGCUUCCGCGUCGCGACUUUCUGCGGAACUUCACCAGGCUGGACCAGCCAACGUGCCUUCGGCUUCGAAUACGCGGUCGCUGAGAACGAGUCAACAGGAAAGCCUGCUGAACAACGGCUCGCGCGCAGGCAGUCUGCAGAGUAACCGAAGUUCGAGGGCUGGCGGCGCCUAUGGUUGGCGGCAGUAUCAACAGGAAGCGGCUAUGCGGGAUUCGGGAAGCGGUUAUAGGACGAACGUAGUCCCUGUAGCUGUGGUGUCAGACCGCGGCACGAUGGAGGUUCCAGAUCACGACGUCGUGGAGGUAUCUAUGAGUGAAGUUUGCAAUCCACGGAUUUCAGUCACUCGACUGGUGUUGGAGCUACUUUAUUCUGGAGUUCUGAACUAAUCGUAGUCCUCUUGGUAUCUGAUGAGCCAAGAGAAAAUGCGUUUUCUGAUUGAAGCGUGUUUAUGAUGGUUUUCGUGGUUCCGAUUAGUUGCAUAGCAACAAUGCUCCAUAGGUACAAGCGUCAUCCGUGAAGGCGGUAGAGAACAAUGUUUCGGCUACAUCGCUUCUAGACCGCUUUGGGGUGUCUCAGUCGGCAUCGAAUCUGCACGCCCAACUAGAAGAUAGUAAUGUGCAAGACCUCCCCAGUGGGGGACAGACGCAUCUCCAAGGAGGAGGUGCAGGUCCUCAGACAGUAGUCGCGCAGACUCCUGGAGCUCUUGGGUCUACAUCGGGCGCCUUUCGAGAGAGCGCCUUUAUGGGUGCAAGCGGGGGGAAACGAUUUUCACUAGAGUCGAGUCCAGGAGAACCCAUGGACAUGAGUGCGAUCCGUGCGAAACUGAAUCGCAUCUACGAACUUGUGGGAAAAAAGCAUGACCGAUUGUCCUGUCUGAGCGACCACCUUAGCAGUCCGCCACCUGGAGGUUCGCCACUUGGUCUUGGUGGCGCGAGCCGCGGUCUAAGCUCAUCAUCGAUGGUCUCCGGAGGGAAAGGGAAGACCUCAACAUCAGGUGAGCGACCGGCUACAUGGUCGUCUGCGAGGCAGUUGCGCGAGGAGAGACGGCCACCCCAAAGCAUCUCGGAGGAAGCGAAGAACGCAGCGGAAGCAGCCGGGCAGCAGCUGGCCACACCUUUGUCUUCCAUCGCGCCCUCUGUCGUCGGAAGCAUCGUUCGCGGGAGUCCCGCACCCAGUACCACGUUUCACCAGACGAGCACAGCUGGUAGCGAGAUCAAGCGUGCGCUGAGCAGACUCGGCGGAGCUGGAGGACACUCAGCUUCUAGCAGUUCGUCGUCCGGUGAAGCGCGUGGUGCACAAGGUGGCACCCUUGAGGCUCAGAAGCAAGGCCUACAGCAACACCUCGGUUUCGAGAAGUUAUCGGCACAGGACGAGGCUCAAGGUCUGACGGCAUCGCCUUCGAUUUCGCCAGACAGUGACGCUGGUCGUCAUCGCGCACCCGACUCACAGAUAUCUUCUGCCUACAAAGCGUCAGCUACCGCGUACAAUAUGACCAAUAACCGAGGAGGUGUAGCAGGCUUGCGGGACGAGCAACAGCUCAGCACCUCAGAUUACUCCCCAACGCGAAAGCACUUAGAGUUCAAUCCCAACGAAAUCUCGCCGAUCCCGAACGAGUACAGCAAACUCGCAGACGAGUCCGCAGCAAAGAAAGAACUUAGAGAUGUCUUUGGUACUGGAACAGUUGCACUAUUUUACACAAAAACAAGUUAUAAAGAUAAAGUAUCACUGAACGCCAAGAAUCUUCUCUUCGAACUGAUUGUAAUUCGUCUAUAAGUUGUCUAUCUUUAAGUAGGAGGAUUUCAUACCGUGUGUGGAAAAUCGAAUAGGUACUGGAACGGACGAUGAGCCGGCAUCGGCUAAAAAGGAUGAGCAGUCAAGCCUGCAAUCCUUCCAUGCGCCCAUUGUUGAAGGUCUAAAGCUAACGAAAAUGAGCAGCCUGCAGUCUCCAAGGUAAACUUUCGUUUACUAGUUUCGGAUGUUGAGGUACUAUAUCUUCUAUUUAACUUCUCAACCUCUAUCAACUCAGACUCAGCGUAUAUCUCACUCAGCUACCUCUUGCAUUUGCGAGAAUAAGCGUUUCAUAAUGUUUAUUUUCCCUCCUUUUGGCAGCGGCAGCAGUGGCCUUCUUCGAAGUGGCAAGGAUGCUGUCCCUUCGAGAAGUCCUGUAUCGGAUCGGGGUGAGGCUCGGUCCACUGCGGAUGCGGCAGUCCUCCAGAAGAAAAUCGAAUUUUGGCAAAAGUAUGCGACUUAUUCCGAUUCCGGUCUUGUUUUGGAGUGCCGCAAGCUGGGAGUCGUGAGAAACCUCAAUUCGCGUGGAGAAAUGAUGCAGAUUCUGGAAGAAAAGUUGUUAUCGUCGUCAAGUUCGGCUUCGCCUCCUACGACCGAGUCAAGUGUAGGUGCCCGAAAUGGUGGUAACAUGUCGAAGCCGCGUAGUCGCGUAGGGAGUCGCGGCAGCAGCAAAGAGAUGUCUUCGGGUGGCAGGACGCCAACGGGGGGACACGUCGAACUGGCACGUGGAGGAGUUGUAGGAUCAUCUAGUAGGUUUACCAGGCCAGGCAGUAGUACUAGUGCCUCCAAUUAUACUAGCGGCAACAUGAAUAUACUUGGUGGAGGUGCGGCCUCUGGAUCAUCGACAUCGCCUACCUACAAUAAUAACAACUACCAUCCCGUCGAUGCCGCUAGUACUCGAUCCACACAGCAGGUAGGGCCUCCCUUGCAACAGGCAGGAAGUCAGCAGGCUCGUCCGCGAACAACACGAUCUGGUGGGAGCUCUAGACGCGGCUCACUAGGUGGAGAUUUGCCACCCUCCGUCACCGACGAAUUUGUAGUGCCGACAACGGCUCCGCCUCGUAAGCGGCCAGGAGAGCCCUCAUUUUCGGUUAAAUCCAGUGAAUACAAUAAUCCGUCGCACGACCAGGCUCAAAUGGAGUCAAGUUACCAGCACAGUCAUCAUGUGGACAAAAUGAGCUACAACGCGAACGAUAAUCCGUCGCACGACCAGGCUCAAAUGGAGUCAAGUAACCAGUACAGUCAUCAUGUGGACAAAAUGAGCUAUAACGCGAACGAUAAUUCGCGAGGUGGGAGGAAUUCUGUGAGGACUUCUAGUGGUUCUUACCGUGAACGUGAAAGCGAUAUUUACAACAAUUACGACGAGCAAGCCGUGCCUCAUCUACACCUUAGUAAGGAACGUGGUAGUCGCGCUGCCGCUGAUAAAAGGAGGAUAAGCAUGGACGGUGCUGGAAAUACCUCGACUUCGCAUCGACUGCAGAAUUCUUCUUCAGGGGCUAAUUUUGGUCUAGGAGAAAACGAGUUACGGCGUGAAAGCACAUACAGCUUUCGAGAGGGCGAGAGCGGGUCAACAGCUAAACCACACGACUCGUCUACCUUGCAAGGAGUAGCGUUCGACGCAAAAACAGAAGAAAUCCUGAGAGCGUGCUUUCGCAAGUACGCAUCGCGAGACCUUCUCAAGAAGGAGUGCGUGACAGAGUACUCAUUUCAUUAGUUUUGUUGAGGUCAUGUCUGGCCCAAUAACUGGAUAUAAUGAAAAAUUGGAAAUGCCAGAUACGAGAUUAUAUCUUCUCAAAAAUGAAAUAAAUCUCACCGAUGGAAUGACUUUCCCGUGAUGAAACAGAUGUUGCCAGUUGGUGCAUGACAGUGUCGCGGAAGGUGUCGCUCGCGCAGACUUUGUCGAAGACAAAAUCGAGUCAUGGUUUGGUCGCUUCGACUAUGACGGGGAUGGUAGGAUAAGCUUUGACGAGUUUGCAGCGUUGUGCGCCUUCUUCGUCGCGGAGUCCGCACCGACGCCUGUCCGUCUGUCUUAUGGUGGCAGUGGAAAUAGCUCUACCACUUCAGAGGGCACGCAAGUGAUCAUGGAUGCUGCGUCGCUAGAUGCGGACUUUGAAAUCUGGUCCCCCGACGGCCGCUUCGACGCAUUACCACCACCGGAUCCGACCGUAGAGGUCCUAUUUCCCGUGUCCUUCCGACGUUGGCGCUGUGAAAGCAGGGAGACUGGACAAACCUAUGCAGUCGUGAAAGUGUGCAAAACGCAACUGAACUUACCACAGGACCUAGCGCGCAGAGAGUUGCGUAAGUACGACCUCGCUGCGAAGCGGAACCGGAACCUGCUGCCCUUUUCCGAAAAGUACACUUGUGAUGAUGUUGAUCUCAUGUUGAACAUUUGUCUGGUUGAUUUGAGAAAAACAUGACCUGUAGUUGUAUGGAAAGAUUGGCCUCGAACUCGGUGACCAUGACUAAUCUCGAAAUCUCUGUUAUUCACAAAUCUCCGUCACAUCAAUUUUUGAUUACGCACAGGUUUGAAUCCACGUACUCGUAUUAUCUUUUGCGGAAGCAUGCUGGCUUGGAACUAGCUGUGUACUGGACCCGGAUGGGUUCUAUAGGGGAAACCCGACCCUACGAGAGGUGGCUUGCAGAAGUGAUGCGUCAAUUACUGAAAGCCACAGCUUUUCUGCAUCAAGAGCGGUUAGUUCAUGGAAAUAUCUGCGCAAGCACAAUUCAUGUUGAAGAGCAUGGACCAGGCUCUGCGCCAGGAAUGGCGCUAGCAGAGUCAGGCCUCACCGCGCUCUUCAGACAUCAGGUACUUGAUGAUUGAGGAAAUCCGUCACGCGGGCGUGAUAUCAAGUACAUCAAAACUUGUGCUUGUGGCGCCUAAACAAUUUAAUCAUGAUCUUGAAAUUCAAACUCAAAGAGAUGGUAAUGCGUGCCUGUAUGAUUUUGAUUGUUAUAUCACAUCAAAUAUCAAUCUUAGAUGUAAGCGUUCUGUAGCUCAACCUCAGCUCGAAAAAAAAUUUUUUUCAAAGAGAUUAAAUUUGAAAACAAAGGACUUAAAUUUGUUUUCUUUCGAAUAAAAUCAAAAUUUUCAAAAUUCCAAAAGUUUCAAGGCUCGUGAAGCUGCCAAAUUGAUUCAGAAAUUCUAAAUUUUUGAUUUUAUGAUCUCUUUAAUGAGUUUCAAACCAGUUCAGCGCUAAAUAUUUGCCAUGUUGCCAGGCGUCAUGCGUAUGUAGUUUCAUAGUUUCGUAGCAUCACACUCAAAUUCAUUGUUCUCACACAGGAAUCGUGGGCAUUGCGAGCACAGCCAGUGGAUUUGCUCCACGAAGCACCGGAUGCGGAAUGCGCCGUAAGCGCGAAAGGCGAUGUCUGGGCGCUAGGCGCGAUCUUUUUCCAGUUCCUGACUGGCAAAACACUUCCUUUCUGUGUGCAAGGCGACCGUGCGGCGUGUCUACGAGAGGAACUCGACGAAAGUACGAGAGUUGCUUCCGGUGUUUCGCCUCUAGCAUCCUCACUUUGCUUAGCGAUGUUAAGCGAAGAUCCACAGUUGCGACCAUCAGCACGCCUUUGCCUGCAGCAUGAAUGGUUCACAGCGCGAUCUCCGAAUAUUAUGGAAAUUCUGGACGAACUGAGAGUGUUGAAAAUAGGCUUUCAAUAGAAGCGAGCCUGUUAUACUAGUUCUGUUUGCAAAACGCGAGCGGCUUGUACUUAUAAGUAGAGCAUAUCACUAUUAGUAGUAGUCCUAGAUCAUAAAUCUUCCUACUGUCUUGUUGAGCUCGGCUCCUUCAUCUGACUACAUCGUCUCCUCUAAUUCGUCCGUCCUUUCUCCGCACCAAGAGUUGGCGCUGCAGCCGCAGUCACUUCACGCAGUCGGGGAUCUCGAGUUGCGAUUGCGGAGUGCGAUUCGCGCCGUAGCUUGGGAAUUCCAGUUUCCGAUCGCGACAGCGGCUGAGAGUGCUGAGGACCUCGCAGACCUACAGGAAUUCGGCUUGUCACAGGACACAAUCGACGCAGUAGCUCAGAUGGUCGGUCUCACCGCAGAACCCCAACUCGUCCGCCUACUGGUUGGAAGCGCCUUGACGAUCAAACUGAAUGAAGUGGAUGAAGUACUUGUGGCAUUGGGAUUUUGAUGAUGAUGAUGAUGAUGAUGGUGAUGAUGGACCACCCUGGCCUUUUAUUUUAGAAUGAGAACGAAGUGAAACAGGAAAAAGAAAAGAUCAAGUACUUACAGACAAAUACGUAAUACACGAACUGCUGUCGCCCUGGAUCAAUAAUUCAUAUUUUUCCUUCCCAUUCUUUCAGAUUGAUUUCCAUGCGAAUUACCUUCCUAAACAUCCAGGUCCUCAGCAGUAUAUUCGGGAAUGUGAAUCCGCAUGUGGAUGUGCCGGUGGCGGAGCUGAUUGAGAAAUUGGAGGCAGUCGAUGAAGACGAGCUCGAUCAAGCGAAGUACACUCUCCUGCAUUUCCUCCAGGAGGAAGACACUGGCGGAGUCAAUUACGAGACGCUUCGUUCACAUAUGUGCACAUAUCAAGUCGCUUCGCCGUCGUAAGAACAUGGCCCAGAUGCUGUGCAUAUACCAAUCAAUCGCUGCGCCGUCGAUGAGAAGGUAAGGAAGCCGGGAAGGAAAUGGAUGUUCACACAAAGAGGUCCUGGACGCACACUUCCGCUCCUUAAGUUCUAUUUAAGAUUGUUAUCUCGGGGGGAACUCAUUUUUCUUCCGCACGUGAAGACGCAAGCGCAGUACGCAAAGUAGUCGUGGCUUGUGUCAGAACACGACUUAGUUAUGUACAUGUUUACUUUUAGGAAAAGGCAAAGCUCAUUUCUAAUCUGAUUUCUUUCAAGAACUUUACAACUAACACUAAGGUGUUUUUCUCAUGAAAAUUUUUUGAUUAUUCGUUUAUUUUUUGAUGUUGUGUUCCAGAUACUCAAAUCAAUGUUACAUUAUUUACGAUUAAUUUUCGCAACCAAUUAUACCAAUGGGAUCCAUUGUGAACUCAUUGAAGGGAUCUUCAGUCAUGAACAUUUCCCACUCGUUUUCUUUGAAAGGAAGAUGCUUUCGGCUCCUCUUUGAGCCAAAUUGCGAUCAAUGAAUCAUACGAACGACGUAGCUACAGUUUACCAAACUUAUGUUUUUCAAUGAAUCCUGAACAUCAAUCCUGAACAUCAAUUCGAAAAAAUGAAGACGCUCCGUCGAGAUUCAAAUAACAACCUGAUACCUAAGCAAAACCACGAGAAGUACAAGUGGGAAUCAACAAGGAC